AUGUCAGCAACUUGGUUAGUGCGCAUCGCCAUUGCUGCUGCCAGUAUGACCGGUGUAGACGGCUCUUCGUUCCACUCGCCUCCUCUCAGCCCAUCCACUCCCGACGACGUCACGUGGCCCUGGAGCACCGUCACGGAUUCGAAGCCACGCGUCGCACAGCCUUCGUGCGACGCCACGGCGACCAGCGAGCUUCGCGUGCUGCCGUGCGACACGCCCGCGCUGGACGCGCUGUUCGCCGUGGCGCGCGAGGAGCUGGGGCGCGGCGAGUUCGGCGUGGUGCGCGCGUGCAUGCACCGCGCGACGGGCCGCCUGCUGGCGUGCAAGAGCUUGGACAAGGCCGCGCUCCUGGCGAGCGGGCGCAUGGAGGACGUGGCGAUGGAAGUGCUGUGCAUGCGCGUGCUGCCGCCGCACCGCAACAUGGUGCGCCUGGCGAGCAUGCACGAGGACGCGCGGCACGUGCACCUGGUCAUGGACCUGUGCCAGGGGGGCGACCUCUUUGACCUCAUCGCCAAGGCCGGCCGCCUCUCUGAAGACUUCGCCGCGCAUAUCUUCAGGCAAGCGGCAUCAGCAGUGGCGUUCUGCCAUGCGCACGGAGUACUGCAUCUGGACUCCGUGUGUGUGAAGCUGGCGGACUUCGGGCAGGCGGUGCGCCUGUUGCCGGGGCAGAUGGCAUGCGGCGUGGCAGGCUCAUCCUUCUACAUGGCACCAGAGGUCGUGUGCGGCCGCCCCUACGGCACAGCAGCAGACGUGUGGAGUCUGGGCGUGCUGCUAUACGUCAUGCUCGCGGGGUACGUGCCGUUUUGGGGCGCGGAUCUUCCUGCUACCUUCCACGCCAUCUGCUGCAACCGCCCGGAUUUCUCCGCGCAGCUGUGGGCGGGGGUGUCGCCGCUGUGCGUGCGGCUGAUUCGCUCCAUGCUCGCCCCCAACCCCCGCCGCCGCCCCUCCCUGCAACAAGUGCUCGCCCACCCCUGGCUGCGCGUUGCUCUGGGAGAGACUGAUGGGAUGCACGAUGGAGGAGCACAUGUUGUCAGCGGUGCUGCUCAUGCCGCUGCGCAUGGCAUGUCUGAUAAUGCGUGUGAGACACUGCCUCCCUUGGUGCCUGGACGUCAUGCCACUGGGUGUCAUGGUGCUGACGUGGACAGCUGCAGCACGGUGGCAGCACCUAGAGUGCUGUCAGCAGCACAGCAGGAGCGCCUGCUUUUUGGCCUCCCAUAUACCAUGCGGUCUGGGAGUGUCUUCUUUCCUUACCCCCUGUACAGUUUCAGUCACACGUGCCAUGUGACAUGGCCCAUCACAGCCUGUGGUGGCCUUAUAGACCCGCAAGCAGCUUUUUUGGCACCUACAGCAGCAGUGCUUCAAGCUGCUUGUGCAUGCAGUAGUUAG